CGGCUAAGGGAAAGGGUUGGACUACGCAGGCGCUUUGCUGGCGAAGAAGAGGCCGCCUGCGGAAAGGCUGCACUAGCGGCAGCUUGGCGUUGCGGAGGCGCUGAGCCUGGGGUUGGGGGUUUCAGCUUGUCUGCAUCAGGCGCCCUUGCUUCGUCCUUGCCUUUCCCCUCUAGACAUCGUCGCCGUCAUGCUCUGCCGGCUGGUCUACCGGGGCAGACAUGGCAUUAAACUGGUUGCACCUCUUGGAUGCCUGGGUUCCAGGCAAAAGCACACACUUCCCGACUUGCCUUACGAUUAUGGCGCCCUGACACCCCACAUCAGUGCAGAAAUCAUGCAGCUUCACCACAGCAAACAUCAUGCUACUUACGUGAAUAAUUUGAAUGUUGCAGAAGAAAAAUACAAAGAGGCCUUGGCUAAAGGUGAUAUUACAGCUCAGGUGUCUCUUCAGCCAGCUCUGAAGUUCAAUGGUGGAGGACACAUCAAUCACUCUAUCUUCUGGACAAACCUUUCUCCAAAUGGUGGAGGGGAGCCUAAAGGCGAGUUAUUGGACGCAAUUAAGCGAGAUUUUGGCUCCUUUGCGAACUUUAAGGAGAAAUUGACAGCUGUAUCAGUUGGUGUUCAGGGCUCAGGAUGGGGAUGGCUUGGUUUUAAUAAAGAACAAGGUCGAUUGCAGAUAGCUGCUUGUUCCAAUCAAGAUCCUCUCCAAGGAACCACUGGUCUUGUUCCGCUGCUAGGGAUUGAUGUGUGGGAGCAUGCCUAUUAUCUGCAGUAUAAAAAUGUCAGACCUGACUAUCUCAAAGCUAUCUGGAAUGUGAUCAACUGGGAUAAUGUAUCUUCAAGAUAUGCAGUUUGCAAAUAGUAGGGCAAGAACUGUGAUGUUGCCUGGAUAAUUUUUUUGCAGUAAUUUCUGACAGCUGACUUGCUAAUUUCUCCAUUGCUGAAAAUAUUUUAGCACAUCAAAAAACACAAAAAUUGUUUGCAGUCAAGCUAAAUGUUUGCCUGAAGGCUGAUAAGACUUUAGUUCUUGACAUGCUAUUUUUUGUUUAAAGACAGAGGUCCUUUAUGCAGUACUCUGAAAGAAUGCAGUUCUUAAAUAUCAGUAAGGGAUUAUGACUGAAGUUUUCCUCAAUUGUGUUAUGAUCAGUCAUUCAAGACUUUCCCCUGCAGUACAAAACAGAAAACUAGGUCUACCAGUUCAAAAGCAGAUUACAAGAAACAGUGGUAGUACCUAUUUAUUAAGUUUCAUGAAAAGCUGACUUCUGUGUCUUGAAGAGCAUGGCUAGCAGAGUUUAAACAAAAGGUAAUGCAUUGUAGUCUUCCCAAUGGCAGACAUUUGGCAAACAACUGCUAAUCACGACUAAAUUUGUACUAUAGGUUAUAGGUGCUUGAAGAGGAGGGGCUGCUUUUCAUGAAAUUGCUUGUCUUUCCAAAGAGAAAGAAAAAUAUCCUUUGGCAGUAGAUGUUGGGUAACAAAGCUGAAGAGAUUAAUUGCAUAAAUGUAUAGGAUAUUUGGUUUGUAAUAAAGAGUAUUUAAUGUC